CUUUCCUAACUCCAGUCAAAUAACUCCCCUCCUAAAUCUCCCUUACGAAUCUCUAGCUCUAUUCCUUUGUCCUCAAUUCCUAUAACUGAUAUCCCACACUCUUCCUUAACCCUACCUAUCUCUGAAUGUGUUUCUGAACCUUUUUCUCCAAAUCCACCCUUAUCCAACACUUAAUCCCAUUGUUCCAUUUCUUCCACUUCGCCUGAUCCUGUUUCUUCCCCCAUGCCUCAUGCUCUUGUGUCAAUGCCCACUAGACCACAACAUUCUAUACGAUUGCUUACUAAAUAUUAGGAUUAUAGUUGCUUGGCUCAGGAUGCUCCUCUGCCUAGUUCUUUUGCUGAGGAUCAACAAUCAAAAAACUUGGAAUAAAGCCAUGACAGAUGAACUUGAUGUUCUGACACAAAAUAAUAAAUGGGACUUGGUGACCUUACCUCCUUCCAAGAAACUGAUUGGGUGUAAGUGGAUCUUUCGGGUCAAACACAAUCUGGAUGGUUCUAUUCUCAAAUAUAAAGCUAUGCUUAUGGCUAAGGGAUACCAUCAGAAAUUAGGGGAAGAUUAUCAUGAAUCUUUUGCUCAUGUGGCGAAGCAAGUCUUAGUCAGGCUGAUUAUAGCCUUGGCUACAUCUAUGCAAUGGAGUUCACAUCAAUUGGAUGUAAAUAAUGCCUUUCUACAUGGUGAUAUCUCUGAAGAGCUGUACAUGACAUGUCCCCCUGGCCUACCAGCCUCCUCUAAUCAAGUUUGUCGGCUAAGGAAGUCCAUUUAUGGCCUCAAGCAGACCCCACGCCAAUGGAACUUUACUCUCACUACCUUCAUUUUUCAUUGGGACUACAAAAGCUGCCCUUUGAUCAUUGCCUUUUUGUGGAUUUCACUGCAUUGAGCCCUAUGGUUUUGGUGAUUUAUGUUGAUGAAAUUCUUAUUGCAGGGAAUGAUACAGGCAAAUCGCUGCCAUCAAACAAGCUCUGCAUCACAAAUUCACUAUUAAAGAUCUUGGUGUUGCUUCUUACUGCUUGGGACUUGAAAAACAAGGGUAAUUGUCUCUUUACUCGACGUCGACGCUCCUUAAGUGGUUGUUGUGUCUUCCCUGGUGGUGCCUUAAUUUCUUGGAAAACUAAAAAGCAGCAGGCAGUUUCGCGAUGUUCUACCGAAGCCGAAUACUGCAGUCUUGCAGCAGCUACCUCAGAACUUCUUUGGAUUAACCAUCUUCUCGAUGCACUACGCAUCUCUAAUCAAAGAAAGUAUCGUAGCUCUCCUAAGUCCACAUUGCAUGACGGACUGCUUCUCCCCAUAAACUUUCUGGUACUUUCAUUAUCUUUAAUAGCGAUCGCGUCAUUUCAAAUACAGUCUGGUUACGACUCUCCACCACUCCGUUCGGUUGUCGGCUGUAUGGCACUAAUCGACUUGUGCCUUGAACUUCUUAAAUGCCAGUAGCGCCUCAUCUUUACUUUUGAUGACAAAAACCCACAUGAACCUGCUCAAGUCAUCCACGAUCAAGAGAAAAUAGUGAUUUCCAACCAUGUUUGCGGUGAUAUUGGUCCACACAAAUCUCCGUGGACUAAAUCCAAUGGGCUUGAUGCAUGAUAUUCAGCUUCCUUGGAAAAAAGAUGACGGGGCUGUUUUGCUACCAAGCACCCCUCACAUACCUGAGCAGGGUAUUUUGCUCUUGGCACACCACGCACUAUAUCUUGUUCGACCAUCGAUUCCAUGUUCUGAAAACUAGUAUGGCCAAGCCUCGCAUGCCACAACCAUGCCUCAUCGUCAAGACUACUAGCUAAACACACAGGUUGAGCAGUGUGAAGAUGAAUCUUGUGCAAACGAUUUGUUGACCGUUGUAUCUUAAUAAUCAAUGUCCUGAAUGAAUC